GAUGAAUUAACUCCCCCAAGCUUCUAGCUGUGUUUCUACUCAGUGGGAGAGAUUUGGAGUGAAUCAUGAGGGUCAACCACACAGUGUUUACAAUGCUCCCUACAUGCAUGGUUCACAGACAAACCAUGAGUUGUUCCGGGGCUGGAGGAAUAACGGUUGUGUUAAAUGUGUUAAAGUAUCACUAAUUGCUCUGUGAUGUAGCUCCUUCAUGGGAGAUUUUCAAGGGGUGUAUGUGUGUAUGUUCUGAGAAGGGGUUGUAAAAGCAAUCACAACAGGGACUAGGCAGAUACCUGAAUAGCCUUUUUCUCUCCAGUGUUUAAUGAUGAACAGUUUCAGACAUAUGGAAAAAACCAGGAAGCCUUGUACAUUGAACACUCACAUACCCACCACCUAGAUUCUCAGUGAGUACCUCCUUCUCAUGAACUUUUCCUGAUCCUCAAUCCUACAGUGACCUCUCCCUCUUGAGAUUACUCUGACCCAGUGAUUCACAACCAUCACACUACUUUUAGGAGCCUUUGAAAGUACAAAAGCCCCAUCCCCUGGUUUUAUGGAUUUGUGGUGGGACUCAAGAAUCCAUAAUUUAAAACACCACCCAGGUAGCUCUGAAGUAUAGCCAGAGAGAGAUGAAGCAUGAGAACCAAAGCCCUCACUCAGCUGUGCUCUUCUCUUGUGAUUAAGUACAUUGGGACUGGCUGGGUUUGGGGACAGCUAUCGAUAUAACUGAGUGUAGGUAGAGUCUUAAGGCCAUUUCAUAGUCCAGCCAGUGUGGAAUAGUGGAGCUGGUAAGGGACAGGAAAUGUAGGGAGGAUUCCCUGGGAAGGGUACAGUGUGGAAGUAGUUUUAGAGACACAAUGUCAUACCCUCAAGGAGUGAUAGAGGCAUUCUGAGAAGGGGAUGCAAAAUCAAAGAGACAAGGCAUGUACCUAAAUGAAUGACGCUGGUGAGGCAGUCUCCAAUAGUGUGUUGCGGCUGAUAGACCCCCAGCAUGAGUCACUGUCAGCCAACUGUGGUCCUACAGCAGUGCAAAGCCCAGGGUGGUCAGAUUUAUGGAUUUUUAACAUAACCCAUAGAUUGAGAUUUUCAUAUGAAAUCUUCCAACAUUUAAUUGAUAUAAACACAAGUUUUAAAGCAGUAUAUGGGUCAAAUUAAACCCCUCUAUGGACUGCAGAUUGUACCUAAAGAGAAUAAGUGUUGGGCAGGGAAGAAUCCCAGUGCUAGAUUUCCAGACUCGUUUGGAAAUCUCACCGAACUUCCAUGCCAAGGACGGUUAUAUAUUCCCAUCCUCCAAAGUACAGCUUUCUAGGUAGCAGAGGUUCAUUUGAAACUUUGUUGCUUGUCUAAUAAUAAUAAAUCAUUUUUGGUUAUUUAAAAAUAUUUGACUGCUAAGUGUUUGCAGAUUCUGUUGUAGACACCAGGGCAAUCACAGUGAUCCAGCCAUGCACAUGGAACUGAUGUCUUAGUGGGAAGUCAGAAAAUAGAAAUGAAUAUAAUGUAUUAUCUUAAGAGUUAAGGCAACACAAUAAAGCAGGAGAGGGGAAUGAAACCCGCAUGAGAGCAUGGAAUUUUACAUAGAACGGCCAGGGACUGCACCGGGCAUUUUGUCUGAGCCCUUCACAGUAAUCCUAAUCCUCACCACAAGCUGUGAGAUAAGCACUGUUAUUUUUAGUUCGCAGGAGAAACUGAUGUGCUGAGCAGCUAAUUCAGUGCCUGAGGUUACACUAGUUGUGGACAGAGAUGGGUUCCAAAUCCAGAUAGUAUGGGUUGAAUCCACACUCUUCAUCACCACCCACUUUCCCUCCUUAGGCCUGAGCAGGCACGUGGCAGCAUUUGGUAGAGGAAGGAGUGAGCCCUACUGUAGGAACUAUAUAUAUUGGCGUUCGUGGCAUUCAGGGAUGUGGCUGUGGACUUCACCCAGGAGGAGUGGAGGUUGUUGAGCCCUGCUCAGAGGACCCUGCACAGGGAGGUGAUGCUGGAGACUUAUAACCAUCUGGUCUCACUGGAAAUUCCAUCUUCUAAACCAAAACUCAUUGCUCAGCUGGAGCGAGGGGAAGAGCCCUGGAGAGAGGAGAGAAAAUGUCCACUGGACCUCUGUCCAGAAUCGAAGCCAGAAAUUCAACUUAGUCCCUCCUGCCCUCUGAUUUUCUCCAAUCAGCAAGCUCUCAGCCAACAUGUGUGGCUGAGUCAUCUCUCUCAGCUGUUUUCAAGUUUAUGGGCAGGAAAUCCUCUCCAGCUGGGAAAACACUAUCCAGAAGAUCCGAAACAACAGCAGGAUCCAUUCUGCUUGAGUGGCAAAGCAGAAUGGAUUCAAGAGGGAGAAGACUCCAGACUCCUGUUUGGGAGAGUAAGCAAAAAUGGCACUUCAAAGGUACUUUCUAGCCCACCUGAAGAACAGCCAGCACAGUCCAAGGAAGACAACACAGUGGUGGAUAUAGGGCCCAGCCCUGAACGGAGGGCAGACCUAGAGGAAACAGACAAAGUAUUGCAUGGUUUAGAAGUCUCAGGAUUUGGAGAAAUCAAAUAUGAAGAGUUUGGGCCAGGCUUUAUCAAGGAGUCAAACCUCCUUAGCCUCCAGAAGACACAAACUGGGGAGACACCUUACAUGUACACUGAGUGGGGAGACAGCUUUGGCAGUAUGUCAAUCCUCAUCAAAAACCCAAGGACACACUCUGGGGGAAAGCCUUAUGGGUGCAGGGAAUGUGGGCGAGGCUUUACGUGGAAGUCAAACCUGAUCACACAUCAGAGGACACACUCAGGGGAGAAACCUUAUGUGUGCAAGGAUUGUGGACGAGGCUUUACUUGGAAGUCGAACCUCUUUACACAUCAGCGGACACACUCAGGGCUCAAGCCUUAUGUGUGCAAGGAAUGUGGGCAGAGCUUUAGCCUGAAGUCAAACCUCAUCACCCACCAGAGGGCGCACACUGGGGAGAAGCCUUAUGUUUGCAGGGAAUGUGGGCGUGGCUUUCGCCAGCAUUCACACCUGGUCAGACACAAGAGGACACAUUCAGGAGAGAAGCCUUACAUUUGCAGGGAGUGUGAGCAAGGCUUUAGCCAGAAGUCACACCUCAUCAGACACUUAAGGACACACACAGGAGAGAAGCCUUAUGUAUGCACAGAAUGUGGGCGUCACUUUAGCUGGAAAUCAAACCUCAAAACACACCAGAGGACACACUCAGGGGUUAAACCUUAUGUCUGCCUGGAGUGCGGCCAGUGCUUUAGCCUGAAGUCAAACCUUAACAAACACCAGAGGUCACACACAGGGGAGAAGCCAUUUGUAUGUACGGAGUGUGGGCGAGGCUUUACUCGGAAAUCAACCCUCAUCACGCACCAGAGGACACACUCAGGGGAGAAGCCAUUUGUAUGUGCUGAGUGUGGACGAGGCUUUAAUGAUAAGUCCACCCUCAUUUCACACCAGAGGACACAUUCAGGGGAAAAGCCUUUUAUGUGCAGGGAGUGUGGCAGAAGAUUUCGGCAGAAGCCUAACCUGUUUAGGCACAAGAGGGCACACUCAGGUGCCUUUGUGUGCAGGGAGUGUGGGCAAGGCUUUUGUGCUAAGUUAACUCUCAUUAAACACCAGAGAGCACACGCAGGGGGGAAGCCGCAUGUGUGCAGGGAAUGUGGGCAAGGCUUUAGCCGGCAGUCACACCUCAUUAGACACCAGAGGACACAUUCAGGAGAGAAGCCUUAUAUUUGCAGAAAGUGUGGACGGGGCUUUAGUCGGAAGUCCAACCUUAUCAGACAUCAGAGGACACACUCAGGAUAGAAACUUUAUGUGUACAGGGAAUGUGGUACAGCCUUUAGCCAGGAGUCAUACUUCAUCAGACAUCAGAGGACACACACAGUGCUGUGGCUUUUUCAGCCAUUGCUAGAUACCAAAGUGGAGACAUUGUGUGUGUGAUUGUGCAUGAGACUGUACUGGUAAGACUUGUAUCUCCAUCCACCUGAAGGAGAAUUGCUGGCUCAUUUUCAGGAGCCCUGCCCUUCCUCACUGUGGAUGGUGGGUUGUGGAAACCCAAUCAGGUAAUGAUAGUGGCAGGAGGCAGUCAAAUGCCCAGGCAGAUAGGGGUGGGUACCUGGUGAAACCCAACCUUAAAGCUGAAGACAGUCCCGGCUAAAUCCUCAUACUAAAUUGAGAACCUGUCUUCCCAUUUGGUGUGCUUUCCUCCGAUUGAUCCCAACCCCUCACCUAUUUUACAUAUACCUGCCCUUUCCUAAUUGGUUUUUACACUGCUGUACCCACCUUUGAGUGGUGCCUUUGCAUACUUACAAAUCAGUCAACAUGUAUUCCCCUAUUCUGAGCCCAUAAAAGACCCAGACUCAACUGCAGUGAGGAGAGAAAUCACCCUGCUGUGGGGGUUGACCACUCCCUGCAUCCCCUCUCCACUGAGAGCUGUUCUUUCGCUCAAUAAAAUUCUUUUCUACCCAUCCUCA